ACUGCCAGGCCGCCCUGUCUUGGCAGCCGCGUAGCCAUGACUGGGGGCCGCGGGGUUCCCGGGCGCGGCCGGGAUGAACCUCAGGAGAGCUACCCGCAGCGGCAGGACCACGAGCUGCAGGCCCUGGAAGCUAUAUACGGAGCCGACUUCCAAGACCUGCGGCUGAACGCGUGCGGACCGGUCAAAGAGCCCCCUGAAAUCAAUUUAGUUCUGUACCCUCAGGGCCUAACUGGUGAAGAAGUUUAUGUGAAAGUGGAUUUGAGAGUUAAAUGCCCACCAACCUACCCAGAUGUAGUUCCUGAAAUAGAGUUAAAGAAUGCCAAAGGUUUGUCAAAUGAAAGUGUUAAUUUGUUAAAAUCCCGCCUAGAGGAACUGGCCAGAAAACAUUGUGGGGAGGUGAUGAUAUUUGAACUGGCUUACCACGUGCAGUCCUUUCUCAGUGAGCAUAACAAGCCGCCUCCCAAGUCUUUCCAUGAAGAAAUGCUGGAAAGGAGGGCUCAGGAGGAGCAGCAGAGGCUGUUGGAGGCCAAGCGGAAAGAGGAGCAAGAGAAGCGUGAAAUCCUUCAUGAGAUUCAGAGAAGGAAAGAAGAGAUAAAAGAAGAGAAAAAAAGGAAGGAAAUGGCUAAGCAGGAACGUUUGGAAAUUGCUAGUUUGUCAAACCAAGACCAUACCUCUAAGAAAGACCCCGGAGGACACAGAACAGCUGCCUUGCUACAUGGAGGCUCUCCUGAUUUUGUAGGAAAUGGUAAACACCGUACAAACUCUUCAGGAAGAUCUAGGCGAGAACGUCAGUAUUCUUUAUGUAGUAGUGAAGAUUCUCCUGGCUCUUGUGAAAUCCUAUACUUCUGCGUGGGUAGUCCUGAUCAGCUCAUGGUGCACAAAGGGAAAUGUAUUGGCAGUGAUGAACAACUUGGAAAAUUAGUUUACAAUGCAUUGGAAACAGCCACUGGCAGCUUUGUCCUGUUGUAUGAGUGGGUCCUUCAAUGGCAGAAAAAAAUUGGUCCUUUCCUUACCAGUCAAGAAAGAGAGAAAAUUGAUAAGUGCAAAAAGCAGCUUCAAGGGGCAGAAACAGAGUUCAACUCACUGGUGAAAUUGAGUCAUCCAAAUGUGGUACGAUACUUUGCCAUGAAUUUCAAAGAGCAAGACAACUCCAUCACCGUGGACAUUUUAGUGGAGCACAUCAAUGGGGUCUCUCUCGCUACACACCUGAAUCACUUAGGCCCCAUCCCUAUGCAUCAGCUUCGCAAGUAUGCAGCUCAGCUCUUGUCAGGCCUUGAUUAUCUUCACAGCAAUUCUGUGGUGCACAAGGUCUUGAGUGCAUCGACUGUCUUGGUAGAUGCAGAGGGUACUGUCAAGAUUACAGAUUACAGCAUUUCUAAACGCCUAGCGGACGUUUGCAAGGAGGAUGUGUUUGAGCAAACCCGAGUGCGUUUUAGUGACAAUGCCCUGCCUUAUAAAACAGGGAAGAAGGGGGAUGUUUGGCAUCUUGGCCUUUUGCUACUCUCCCUCAGCCAAGGACAGGAAUGUGGAGAGUACCCCGUGACCAUCCCCAGUGAUUUACCAGCCGACUUUCAAGAUUUCCUCAAGAAGUGUGUUUGCUUGGAUGACAAGGAAAGAUGGAGCCCUCAGCAGCUGUUGAAACAUGGCUUUAUAAAUCCUCAGCCAAAAAUGCCUUUAGUGGAACAAAGUCCCGAAGAUUCUGGAGGACAAGAUUAUGUUGAGACUGUUAUACCUAGCAGCCAGCUUCCCAGUGCUGCAUUCUUCAGUGAGACACAGAGACAGUUUUCCCGGUAUUUCAUUGAGUUUGAAGAAUUACAACUUCUCGGCAAAGGAGCUUUUGGAGCAGUCAUCAAGGUCCAAAACAAGCUGGAUGGCUGCUGCUACGCUGUGAAGCGCAUCCCCAUCAACCCAGCCAGUAGGCACUUCCGCAGGAUCAAGGGCGAGGUGACACUGCUGUCGCGCUUGCACCAUGAGAACAUCGUGCGCUACUACAAUGCCUGGAUUGAGCGGCAUGAGCGACCAGCGGGCCCAGGGACACCACCUCCAGACUCAAGACCCUUGGCCCAGGAUGGACAAGCUGCACAUGGGCAGCCAGAAAGUGACACCAACAAGCUGGACAGCUUGGAGGCUGCCGCGCCACCUCCCAUCCUCACCAGCUCAGUGGAGUGGAGCACAUCAGCUGAGCGCUCAUCCAACGCCCGCUUCCCUGUAGCUGGCCCAGGCUCCAGCAGUGAUGAGGAUGAUGAUGAGGAUGAACAUGAUGGUGUCUUCUCACAGUCCUUCCUACCUGCAUCAGAUUCUGAAAGUGAUAUCAUCUUUGACCAUGAAGAUGAGAACAGUAAAAGUCAGAAUCAGGAUGAGGACUACAAUGAAAUUAACAGUUGCCAUGAAAGUGAGCCAUCGGUGACAACUGAAGCUGUGCACUAUCUGUAUAUACAGAUGGAGUACUGUGAAAAGAGUACUUUACGUGACACCAUUGACCAGGGGUUGUAUCGAGACACCAUCAGAUUGUGGAGACUUUUUCGAGAGAUUCUGGAUGGAUUGGCUUAUAUCCAUGAGAAAGGAAUGAUACACCGGGAUUUGAAGCCUGUCAACAUAUUUUUGGAUUCUGAUGACCAUGUAAAAAUAGGUGAUUUUGGCUUGGCAACAGAUCAUCUAGCCUUUGCUGCUGAUGGGAAACAAGAUGAUCAAGCAGGAGAUCACUUGAUAAAAUCAGACCCUUCAGGCCGUUUGACUGGGAUGGUUGGCACUGCUUUGUACGUAAGCCCAGAGGUCCAAGGAAGUACCAAGUCUGCAUACAACCAGAAAGUGGAUCUCUUCAGCCUGGGAAUUAUCUUCUUUGAGAUGUCCUAUCACCCCAUGGUGACAGCCUCAGAAAGGAUCUUUGUUCUUAACCAACUUAGAGAUCCCACAUCCCCCAAGUUUCCAGAAGACUUCAGUGAUGGAGAGCAUACAAAGCAGAAAUCUGUCAUCUCCUGGUUGUUAAACCAUGACCCAGCAAAACGUCCCACAGCCACAGAACUGCUGAAGAGUGAGCUGCUUCCCCCACCCCAGAUGGAGGAAUCUGAGCUGCAUGAAGUACUGCAUCACACGCUGGCCAACGUGGAUGGGAAAGCCUACCGCACCAUGAUGGCCCAGAUCUUCUCCCAGCGCAUUUCCCCUGCCAUCGAUUACACCUACGAUAGUGACAUACUGAAGGGCAACUUCUCAAUCCGUACAGCCAAGAUACAACAACAUGUGUGUGAAACCAUCAUCCGCAUCUUUAAAAGGCAUGGAGCUGUCCAGUUGUGUACCCCACUACUGCUUCCCCGAAAUAAACAAAUAUAUGAGCACAAUGAAGCAGCUGUGUUCAUGGACCACAGUGGGAUGCUGGUGAUGCUUCCUUUCGACCUGCGGGUCCCUUUUGCAAGAUAUGUGGCAAGAAAUAAUAUAUUGAAUUUAAAACGAUACUGCAUAGAACGUGUAUUUAGACCCCGCAAGUUAGAUCGAUUUCAUCCCAAAGAACUUCUAGAAUGUGCAUUUGACAUCGUCACUUCUACUACCAACAGCUCUCUGCCCACUGCUGAAACCAUCUAUACUAUCUACGAGAUUAUCCAAGAGUUUCCAGCACUUCAGGAAAGAAAUUACAGUAUUUACUUGAACCAUACAAUGUUAUUGAAAGCAAUACUCUUACACUGUGGGAUCCCAGAAGAUAAACUCAGUCAAGUCUAUGUUAUUCUAUAUGAUGCUGUGACAGAGAAGCUAACAAGAAGAGAAGUGGAAGCUAAAUUUUGUAAUCUGUCUUUGUCAUCUAAUAGCCUCUGCCGACUCUACAAGUUUAUCGAGCAGAAGGGGGAACUGCAAGACUUAACACCAACAAUAAAUUCACUAAUAAAACAGAAAACAGGUGUUGCCCAGUUGGUGAAGUAUGGCUUAAAAGACCUAGAGGAGGUUGUUGGACUGUUGAAGAAACUUGGCAUAAAAUUACAGGUCUUGAUCAACUUGGGCUUGGUUUAUAAGGUACAACAGCACAAUGGAAUCAUCUUCCAGUUUGUGGCAUUUAUCAGACGGAGGCAGAGAGCCGUACCUGAAAUCCUUGCAGCCGGUGGCAGAUAUGAUCUGCUGAUUCCCCAGUUUAGAGGUCCACAGGCUCUGGGGCCAGUUCCCACUGCGGUUGGUGUCAGUAUUGCAAUAGACAAGAUAUUUGCUGCUGUCCUCAACAUGGAAGAACCUGUUACAAUAAGCUCCUGUGACCUCCUGGUUGUAAGUGUCGGCCAGAUGUCCAUGUCCAGGGCUAUCAAUUUAACCCAGAAACUCUGGUCAGCAGGAAUCACGGCAGAAAUCCUGUACGACUGGUCACAGUCCCAAGAGGAAUUACAAGAGUACUGCAGACAUCAUGAAAUCACCUAUGUGGCCCUUGUCUCGGAUAAAGAAGGAAGCCAUGUCAAGGUUAAGUCUUUUGAAAAGGAAAGGCAAACAGAGAAGCGUGUGCUGGAGUUCGAUCUUGUGGACCAUGUUGUGCAGAAACUAAGAACUAAAGUCAAUGAUGAAAAGAAUAUCAGAGAAGCUUCCGAUAAUCUUGCAGUGCAAAAUCUGAAGGGGUCUAAUGCUUCAGGCUUGUUCGAAAUCCAUGGAGCAACAGUUGUUCCCAUUGUGAGUGUGAUAGCCCCUGAGAAGCUGUCAGCCAGCACAAGGAGGCGGUAUGAAACUCAGGUACAAACCCGACUUCAAACUACUCUUGCCAAUUUACAUCAGAAAAGCAGUGAAAUUGAAAUAUUGGCUGUGGAUCUACCCAAAGAAACAAUCUUACAGUUUUUAUCAUUAGAGUGGGAUGCUGAUGAACAGGCAUUUAACACAACUGUAAAGCAGCUGCUGUCACGCCUGCCAAAGCAAAGGUACCUCAAAUUAGUCUGUGACGAAAUUUAUAACAUCAAAGUUGAAAAAAAGGUAUCUGUGCUGUUUCUAUAUAGCUACAGAGAUGACUACUAUAGAAUCUUAUUUUAACCCUGAAGAACUCAUUACCUUGUUCAGACAGGGGCUUAUACUGGAAUAAUGGAAUGUUGUACAUUCACUGUCAUUUUAAAUUCUAAGAAAAUGCCCUACUGAGCUUUGUCAGUUUUUCAUGUGUAAUAUAUUAUAAAUUUAUCUUUUUGGGUAAAAUAAAUGCUUUGUCAUAUGUG